CGGCUCCCCGCGGCGACCACAACAUGGCUGCGGCGCCCGGGCUGCUCUUCUGGCUGCUGCUGCUCGGGCCGCCCUGGCGGGUGCCGGGCCACCCGGAGCCGGACGCGAACCGGCGCUUCUCCGAGCACAAACUGUGCGCGGACGACGAAUGCAGCAUGUUGAUGUACCGGGGUGAGGCUUUAGAAGAUUUCACAGGCCCGGACUGUCGUUUUGUGAAUUUUAAGAAGGGCGACCAUGUGUAUGUGUACUACAAACUGGCAGGGGGAGCGCCUGAAGUUUGGGCUGGAACUGUUGGGCGUAAUUUUGGAUAUUUUCCGAAGGAUUUUAUUCGGGUAGCCCAUGAAUAUAUUGAAGAAGAGCUGAAAGUCCCAGCAGACGAGACAGAUUUUGUUUGUUUUGAUGGGGGAAAAGAUGAUUUUGAUAAUUAUAAUAUAGAAGAACUUUUAGGAUUUUUAAAAUUGCCCGAGUCUGCAACUGGAGACUCUGGGAAAGCUAUAGAAAAAACUUCUCAGCAUGUGGAAAACCCGGAAGUAUCUGAAGAAAGUGCCCUUGACCCAGCAGAAGCCAAUACAGAGGAGAGUGAAAGCGAACUCUCCGAAAACACUGAGGAACUCGAGGAAAGACACGAGGCUCGGAAGAACCCCCCUCACGUAAACCGUCAGACGGAUGACCCUCAGGGAGAAUCUUCAUUCGACCAUUUUGAAGAAAUGCUACAAGAGAAACUGAAAGUGCCGGAAAGUCAGAACAACAAAACCAGCAACAGUUCUCAGGUCGCAAAUGAACAAGAGCAGAUUGACGCUUAUAAGCUUUUGAAAAAAGAAAUGACUUUGGAUUUGAAAACCAAAUUUGGCUCAACGGCAGAUGCUCUUGUAUCUGAUGAUGAGACGACCAGACUUGUUACUUCAUUAGAAGAUGAUUUUGAUGAGGAUUUAGAUGACGAGUAUUACAUAGUUGGGAAGGAAGAAGAGGAUCAAGAAAGCUUUGAUGAGCUGCCGUUACUCACCUUUACGGAUGAAGAUCUGGAAACGCCGUUGGAAUCUGGAGCUGAGAAACAUUCACCAGAUAAAGAGCAGAAUUCAAGCGAAGAGGAUAAUAAGGCUGAGGUAACUCAGCCCCCUGGCAUCAGACACGAUGCUACUGUCACAGAAAGUGAACAAAUAAGUAUGGAUUUAGAGAAUUCUAGUUCAGAGGCAGAGGGAAGCGAUGAUGCAUUCGUCCCAGACGGCGAAUGGGGGGAGCCACAGUUAGCGGCAGAUUAUGUUGAGUCUGAAAAGGCAGAGGAUGGUCUUUUGAUUGUACACGGCCUUGAAACAAACAAGGACAAAGACCCAGAAGUGGACGCAGAACUUGGCAGUAAAGGAAAGGGGAGGACCGGUGAGGGGUCCCAGACGGACCUGCCGCGGAGUAAGAAAGGGCCAGAGGAUGAAAAGCAAGAAGGCGGGACUGUGCGCGGUUCUGCUCAGAGCCGUGACCUUGACUCGUUGCCGGCUCCUGGAAAGGACAGAGCAGCACUGACAUCGACCUUCGGUAACAAAGAAGGUGACCUAAAAGGAACAGUUGUUUCUGUCUCAAAAGAAACGCUCCAUGAAGAGAAGCCCGGGGAGCAGCUUUUGGAAGGUGGCUCAGACGGUGGGUCGGAACGCAAAGCUGCAGGGGACCCAAUGAAGGGAGAGAGGCUUAGGCAGGAAAGCUUGGGCGUCACGGCACCGGCACCCUCGGGAGACGAUCGGCAUAACGCAUCGUCCCAGGACCCGGUGGAGGAGGAAGCAGAUGUCUCAGUAAACGGCCCCGAACCGCACGUGCUUUCAGAGGAGCGUCAAAAUGAGGACCCGAGAACGCACAACCAGCCGAGGUCGUCCUCUCCCGGUGAGGGUGAGGUGGCCGGGUCGAGAGCGCUGGGGGCGCAGGGCGCCGCUCUCGGAGGGAGUCCGGCCGGGCACCAGGACCUGAUCUAUUUUGUCGGCUACACCCACGCCGCCGGGGAGGACACUGUGCCGCUGGCCGCGGCGCAGCCACCGGAGGCCGAAGAGGUACAACCACCGCUGGAAGAAAAUUUCCCCCUAGAGAACACAGAUGAUCUUCAGAUGCAGAAUCCUGAAGGGUUCGGCCCCUUGGAUCAAUCCACGACUGGUGACAUGAAUGUCUCAGAUGCGUCAGAGAAGCCAAAUACUGAGGAAGCUGUAGAGCCAGGGAUCGUUACAACUGACAGCUCUCCUGUGGAUGCCGCUGAUGGCAAAAAGCAACGAGAGACAAAUGCCGACGAGCCAGCCAGCGUCACGCCUUUGGAAAAUGCAAUUCUCUUAAUAUAUUCGUCCAUGUACUAUUUAACUAAGACGGAAAUUUCAAACGUACAAAAGCAGAAGAGUAAAAUGAAUCCACGGGCCCAUCAGCCAGCUUAA